UGGGAAAUACACAGUACUCGAGGUGCAGGGUCUUCAGACACCACCAAAAACAAGCGACACUUUCAGAAGUUCUCCGGAAAGUGCAUCAUGAUGAGGCUGUUAGUGCUUUGGGGCACUCUACUUAUGGUUCAGGCCCAGGUGCCUUCCCGAGAUGUCACAUAUCCAACCUUUCGGGUGGCUUCCAUCAUGGCCCCACCGUUUUUGCAACAGCAAGAUGGUGAUUCGACUCAAUUGCGAGGCAACGAUCAAUACAAGGGCUUCAUCAAGGAUCUUUUGGAUGAGUUGGGCAGGAUGAUGGGUUUCCAAUAUACGAUCGUUCUGUCCGAGGAUAAUCGAUACGGGGUGCCCCUUGACAAUGGCCAAUGGAAUGGAUUGGUCGGCAUGGUUCAGGACAAUAAAGCUGACUUUGUCGCAGCCGAUCUGACAGUCACUUCUCAAAGACACGAUGCUUUAGACUUUUCUAGACCUUUCAUGACAGCUCCGAUCACCAUAGUCACCAAGAAAUCCUCCUCGCUUUUUGGCGGAGGCAUGUUCGAUUUCUUUAUUCCAUUCACCGAGGACCUGUGGCUUCUCUUGGGAGUUGCAUACGUAAUCACAGCCUUGCUUCUAUUCCUUAUUGCCCGAAUCUCUCCUUAUGAGCAAUGGUCUGAGGUGUUCCACGUGUUCAACUUGUCCAAUUCGUUUUGGUUUAAAUUCUCGUGCUUCUUCAGGGGAUCAAACUACACCCCAAAGACUGUGUCAACCAGACUUCUCACCGCCGGAUGGUAUCUUUUUGGAAUCUCCAUACUCGUGGUCUAUGCCAUCGGCUUAAACGGCUUUAUUCGAGCCGAAUUCGAGGGAACACAAUUCCUGGUGCCCAGUAUUGAAGCCUUAUUGGGCGACUCUUCAUUCCAAAUUGGGGUCAUUCAAGGCGGGUCCACUGAGACAAUGCUACAAAAUUCUGGCAUUCCCAUCCAUCAAGAGAUCUAUGAACGUGUCGUUGAAGAUCCUGAGAAUAACCAGGUCGGAUCAUACGUUGAGGGCAUCCAAAAGGUCCUUGAAGGCGAGGGAAACUUUGGAUUGAUCAUGGAAGGCAAUGCCGCCGACUACUUCAAAGGAGAAAAUUGCGACCUGUAUAGCGUGGGAGCACUCUCCAACAAGCAGUAUGCUUUCGGUUUCCCCAUUGGCUCGCGGUAUCGGUCAGCUCUUUCAACUGGGCUUCUAAGACUUCGCGAGUCCGGCCGAUUGCAACAACUGAUUAGUAAAUGGUGGGCAUCCGCGGGUAAUUGUGCUCGAGAAUCAGUGAAGCAAGUGGAAGGAAGUGGAGUCUGCAAAGAGGUGGCCAUCCCCUUGAAUCUAGGAAAUCUCGCUUGGGCUUUCAUCAUUUUGGCCAUAUUCCUUCUGGUUUCUUUAAUUGUUGCCAUUGUCGAGCUGGUUUUAUUUGUGAAGAAGCAUCCCAGUGCUGAAAAGAAUGGUGCUAGGAUCACCAAACAGUUGAAAUAUGCCUUUUGUGGGUGUUGCCUCAAAACUGCCACCAAUCCAAUGCAACCCCCGUUUGCUUUCUCUCAAGCUAGCCAAACUUGAAAGAAAUAGAAUACAAUAAAUGUACGAAAGCUCAUUUUUCAAUCAAUAACCAAUAAUGAGGAACAUGUCAUGGAUGAGGAAUAACGCAACAAACGCCAUAAUAUGUACUAAUUUGAAAUACAAGUUCUUGGUGCAUGCUUUGAAAAAGGAAGUUUCAUGCUCAUCUUUGAGGUACUUUCUUCAAGGGUAACGUCUACCGGCGUUUUGCUCCGCCAUUUGCCGUUGCACAAAAUUUGAGGGCUCGGUCUCGUCAUUAGUUCGGUUCCGCUUGAUUUCAAGGUAAACCAGCCUUUUUUCCGGGGGAGUUAUGAGCUCAUCAAAUGGCCAUUACCCGGACGAAAGCCGCGUCAUCGAGAGCCACGCCAAGGCUAUAAAAAGCAAUUCCAAUUGGAUAUUGGCCUUUAAGUUGACCAUGGUCCCGGCACAAAGAUACGUCCAUUCGACAAAGGUUGGACCUCGAGACACUUCAGACCAAGCUGGAAUCCAUUCAGUGCCAGUGGAGCCGACUGUAGAUCGAAGUUUCUUCACGGGACCGAAUCGAGCCCUGAGGUCCAAGGCCAUUGGGAUUUUGGCCUUGGGGCUCAUUCUGGCCCAAAUCUUGGUUUGUGUCCAAGGAAGCCGAGAUACCGUUCCGGAAAAUAAUUGGUACAAUGCACCUCGACCGUUUUAUUACGCCAGGCAUGAGAAACGCGCAGGGCCUAUGAUGGAUCACGAGGACAUAGCCAGUUAUUCUGGGCGCAGUGUGCUCUUUCCCCGAACCAGUCGCGAAAACCCCGUAUCCAUGCUUCGCCUCAAAAAGAUGUCCAUGAUGCGUUUGAAGAAGGACAAUGGGGAAGAUGUAGCUCGGAUGGAAGGCGAAAUACCCGCUCCAUUGAGAUUGGGUCCCAUCCACUAUUACAACGACAAUGGCGACCUCGUGAAUAAGCGCAUGUCCAUGAUGAGGCUGAAGAAACCUUCCAUGAUGAGAUUGCGGAGGAUGCCCUCCAGCAAUGCGGUCUCGAUGCUGAGGUUGAAGAAAGGUGUCACUCAAUUGAGAUUGAAAAAAGACGGUGCAGUUGAUGAUGAUAAGGAGAACGAGACCGAUAGCAGUGAAAACAACUGUCUUUGGUACAAUGAUCGAUGCCUGAAUUUGAAUGAGGCGUGAAUGGUACCGUGGAGGAGGAUGCUCAACAUGCUAACACUCACUCUCGCCCCCAAAAGACAUCAGAUGGAUAUUGAUCAAAUGAAGAAAUGGACAGAACCUACUAUCUCCUGUUCUCAGGCAAACUACACCACUUUGAACAACCGACAAAAAUAGAAACAGAAUUUCAACAAAAACAAGAUAAAAAAGCUGAAUUCCCCUGUACAUAUAUAUAUAUAUUUGGGCUGUCCCAGAUAUCCAACUUGUCCAGGAGGGACGACAGUGUUUCCAUUAUUUGAGCACUUUUUUCUUUCCGCACCCAAAAAUGUCACAGCUGGUGAUCUAAAUGAUAUAUCAUUAGCAAUCUCCCUACCUUUAAGUACUGUUGGCGAACUCAUGUAUUAAGAUGGAUGGUUGAUCUUUUUGUCCGUUGUUUCUGGCUUAAUAAAAAGUCUCCAAGUCAUGCCUCA